AUGAAGUUUCUCGCCGGUGCCACCUUGGCCACUGCGGCGGCAGCAGCCUCGUCAUCGACGACAGCCGCAUCUGCGCCAACCGGCGCCACGUACGCCUCAGGGUUUGACAUGACCCGCAGCUGGGCCAACCUCAGUCCCUACAAAGACGCUGACUCGUUUGGACUUCCCAAGGGAAUGCCUCAAGGCUGUGAGCUCUCCCAGGUGCACGUCUUACACCGCCAUGCGGAGCGAUACCCUACCAACUAUCCCUUGGACGGAGGGGGCAUGCAGGAGUUUGCGGCCAAGUUGACUAACUACUCCAAGGCCCACCCGGAUCAGCCUGUGGCGAGUGGGCCACUCAAGUUCCUGAACAGAUGGAAGUAUGUUCUGGGUGAAGACACACUCAUGGAGACUGGUGCGGCCACCGAGGCAACAUCUGGUGCCAACUUCUGGGUCAAGUAUGGGCGCCUUCUAUACCGCCCUGAUCGUGAGAAUGUAGCCGCCUGGAAUUCUUCUCUCAACAUCUAUCCCAAUGGCACCGAACGUCCCAAACCUGUCUUCCGCACCACCUCCCAGGCCCGAAUUCUGGAGAGUGCUCGAUGGUGGCUGAGCGGGUUUUUUGGCAACAGCGGAGCGAACAGCUCGUACGAGCAGUACAAUUUGGUGGUCAUCCCCGAAGUGGACCCGUUCAACAACACCUUGGCUUCUUAUGACGCGUGCCCUGGUGACAUGGCCGAGGGCGAUAACGCUGCUGAGACUUUUAUCUCUCACUAUGCGGAGGAUAUCCAGGCACGUCUGUCUUCGUAUCUGCCCAAAGAUUUCAACUUGACGUCCAUGGAUGUGCUCGCCAUGCAAAAUCUUUGCGCCUACGAGCAUGCCAGCCUCGGUGGCUCCUCGUUCUGCUCGCUCUUCACCGAGCAGGAAUGGAAGGAUUUCGCCUACAAUGUUGACAUUCAAUUUUAUGGAGACUAUUUCUUUGGGUCGCCAAGUGGACGGGCACAGGGAAUCGGCUACGUCCUGGAACUGGCCGCUCGUCUUCAGCAGAAACUCAUUACUUCCAGCGAUACCAGCAUCAACUACACCUACGAUAACAACCUGGCACAAUUCCCUUUCGAACAGCCUUUCUACCUGGAUAUGUCUCACGAUGAUAUCAUUGUGUCUGUUAUUGCCGCACUCGGGCUCGAUUACUUCAAGUACGGACCCAAAGGUCUACCCGCCAAUGUUACCCACGCUCCGUCAAACCGAACCUUUUCUCUUUCCAACAUGACACCAUUUGGUGCUCGUUUCUUCUCGGAGAUUUGGACAUGUCCCCACGACACUUCAUUCGAAGAGCUUGAUCCAAUCAUCUAUGAGAACCCGCGUUUGAAAUCCGUGCCCCAUACGCAAGAUUUCAUUCGCUUCGUCUUGAAUAGUGCUCCAAUACCACUGGAUGGCCUGUCGGAAUGCGGAAAGACCACAAACGGCUUCUGUCCAGUUGAGAAAUUUUUGAAAGCCAUUCCAGGGCUCAAGGAAAAAGCCAUGUACCAAGAAGCCUGCUUUGGUAACUACACUUCAGGUUCUCAGGUUGGCGACGGAGCUCCCACUUCCUAG